UCUGCCCCCCACCCCCGCUCCCCGCAGGCGGAAGAGUCUCGCCCAGGACGGGGGGUAUUUAGGACACGGUUGUUAAUGGAAGAAUUCAUGUAUAAGAACAAAAUAAGAAGGGCAAUCUAAUCUUUGAGGAAAUGGCAGGAUUUCUAGACAACUUCCGUUGGCCAGAAUGUGAGUGUAUUGACUGGAGCGAAAGAAGAAAUGCCAUCGCUUCAAUAGUUGCGGGCGUAUUGUUUUUCACAGGUUGGUGGAUAAUGAUAGAUGCUGCAGUAGUUUACCCUAAGCCAGAACAAAUGAACCAUGCGUUCCAUACCUGUGGGGUGUUUUCAACACUAGCUUUUUUCAUGAUAAAUGCUGUAUCAAACGCACAGGUGAGAGGAGACAGCUACAGUGACGGAUGUUUAGGAAGAACAGGUGCUCGUGUCUGGCUCUUCAUUGGCUUUAUGUUGAUGUUUGGUUCACUUAUUGCUUCAAUGUGGAUUCUUUUUGGAGCAUAUGUUACACAGAACACUAACGUUUACCCUGGAUUAGCAGUCUUUUUCCAAAAUGCAUUGAUAUUUUUCAGUACUCUGAUCUACAAGUUUGGAAGAACAGAAGAGUUAUGGGGAUGAGAGAUCACGUAUAGCAUUGUCUAUUCCAUAGUUGCUAUGUCGUACUAUGUAUGUAGAUAUAUUUAGAUUUAUUCUUGUUUUGCUUUCUAAAUUGUAUGAACUGAGACAAACUAGUUUCUGUAAUAAGCUCCCUCUUUUCACAGGACAGAUUUGUGAAUAUGUACAUAUGACUGUAUAUAUCUUAAAAAGGGAAUGUCAGGCUUUCUUUCUGAAACCUUCGGGCUUAUUUCUUCAAAUACAUGGGUUUCCAUCAACUCCUAAGACUUGAUCUUCCAAAGCUUCACAUGUGUCAGAGACUUCAGUGGAACUAGUGAUGAACAAAGCAGGAGAAAGCCUGUUGCUUGUAAAAGGGGUUAUUACUUUUAUACAUAGGUGAGCUAGAGCCAGUUUUGCAAGGGCUGCCCGUGUAACCUGAAGGAGUAGUCAGUGCAUGGAAGUGACCCAGCUAAGCCUGUAUUUAAUGAGGGUAAAUUCUAUUCUAUGCUGAGGUAAGAGCUGAUUUUAAGAAUUUUAUAUAACUGUUCAGAAAAAUAUAAAGUAGCUAUUUUUUUGUAAAAGGUUAUGAAUUUUUAAACAAGGCCCUAUAUUAAGCAGGUUCUGCAUGGCAAAUCAAACUGUUCUUGACUUCUGAUUGCUAUAGCACAAAUGACAUUUGGUAGCACCGCAGUCCUUAGAAUUAAUCUCAUGCUGUUCAGUGUACUGGAUAGCAAUUAGUAUUUAAUGUAUUUACAGAUACUAGAAUAAAAAAACCCCAAACUAAUGCCAGUCAUACUUAAGGAAUAUAAAGAAUCAGUGAGAGUCAGACUAACAUCUUUAAAAUUACGCUAGUAUAAUUUUCUUCAGGGGAAGCUUUUUGCUGAUAAAUGAACUGUUAUCCUGCUACCUAUUAUGUUUUCUAUUUAAAAGGUGAGCAUUUCAAGUGGGGAUAUAGUAAAUGUAUUUAUUGCUCAUGAUCUUACCUUGAAAUAAUUGCCAGGUUUAGGACCGCCAUUUGCCCCAGUUAAAAUGUAUUUAUCUCCUAAAUUUCAUGGGCACUUUAUGGGAAUGCUUCCAUUAUUGAAAUCCCAUUUCUUCUAGCUGGAGUAUACAGAAAGGGAGAACAAUGAUGUUUUAUAGCUUUGGACUGAUCUUGUAUUCAUCUUGCUGUUGGCAACUUCUUUGAGUUCUAUGCGGUUUUUAAAGCAUUUGAAUCUACCUUGUGUCUAAAAGCUUUUAUAACUUUCCAUGUAUCAAGAUCGCUGACCAAAUGGUAUUAAACUGCAGAAUGUAACUUCUGUGCAUGGUUACUAUAUGCUGUUAGUCAUCUAAUUGCUCCCUUGUGGGAAUCUCUCCAGUGGACAGAAUAUGAAGCAAAUACUGCAGCUGAAAUUGUGCUACUGGCUAGACUAACUUCAUCCCAAUUCCACCAUCCUGCAGUGAGUUACUAUAUAUUCACUGGUGUUAAUCAUAGCUUUGUACAUAAGUUGUCUGUUUGGUUGUAAUUUCAGAAAACUGCAAUAAACUUAUGUUCUCAAAAUAGCGAACUUCACAAGGUAAUUGUACAGUAGGACUCUACUCAGUAGGUCAAGUAGUAUUGAUCUUGAAGCAAGUCUUAUACCAGCUAAUAAGUAAACCCAAGGUUUUUGUUCUCUGUCAGUUUCUUGCUUAGGAGCUUGGGAAUGUUUGUUGGCUUUUUUACUAAGUGAGAAACAAGUGUAGCCUGUAACUGAUCCCAUUUAGAGUAUCUUGCACCUGACACUUGAACAGUGUUUGAUUCUGGAAGAACUCUUAUGGUGUGCUUUAAUACAAGUUCCUGGUUAAAAAACAGUUUCUUAAGAGCAGGGGAAGAGCUGCUUUCUGAGGUUACCUGUGUUUUCUACCAGAAGUUUGCUUUCUUGCAAGUAUUUCUUGACCAUCCUGUCUGGUUUUAGCGAACUGGAAUGGUCAUGCUCUCUAUACAGCUGCUAAGAGGAGAAAAGAGACAGCUUUGAGCAUGUGUCUUUCCUGGUAGCCUAAGCUGAAAACAGGUGUAGUUUAAGAACCAAGCAGGCUUCACUCAGAAUAUCCUGAGGUCUACUUUUAUACCACAGGUGGUUCCAGCACAGGCCAAGGUGGAUAGGGUUGGUUCAUUUUAGGUUAAUGCCUUGGCCUGCUGCAGUUGGCAGUUGUGAAGAUAAUCCUCGAGUUACUCCUAGCAAAAGGUUUUUAACUUUGGCCUAUUUGCAUUACGAAGUAUUUGUACAGUUACAACUAUCUCUAACAGAAGUCCAGUGUAGGGCUUAUUCAGGAAGUUGUAUGCUAUAUUGUUAAAUAUUCACAGGAGAUGUUUUAACUGCCUUCUUAUUUAUGUCCUCUUAUGCAUUUAGGUUGUUCCUUUUGCAAGCCUGUGGUUCUUCAUUUGUUUACAGCACAGUAUAUAAAAAGAACAUGGAUACACUGAAAAGCAGGUAUUACGCAGCUUGUGGCUGACUUGAAAAUUCUUACCAGACUUGAAGUAUGACUAAGUCUUCAGGUAACUACGUUGUCUUGGCAUGUUGCCUAAUCACAAGGAAUAGAUUAGUUCUACAAGGAAACAACCUCAUGAAGCUUUUGGAAAAGAUGUUACUGAUUUUUUCAUGCUAGUCUUGUGUAUUUGUAGAAAGGGUGGAACAGCAUUACCACAGAUAACCCACAGCUCUGACAGUGACCAGGUUCAUUAACAGUAAUAAGUAACUUGAACAAGUCAUUUGCAAGCAAGCAUAUACAUUUUUUUUUUUAAACAACUUGUAUCAAACCUAGGGGAAAAAGUCAAACAAAUAAAAACAAUCUUUUUAGUACAGAAGUGGUUCAUUUGUUCUUUGUGCUUUAUUAGAUAUCUUCUAGACCCCACAGGAUUCUGAUGAAAGGCUUAACUUGCAGUCUUCUGCUUCAAGGGACUCAAAACAUAGCCCUCUGUCAACUUCAUUUGCAGGGCUAAGCUGAUAGUCAACAAGAGAUUUUAGUGUCUGAUAAUUAUUGAUACAUGUUAUAAGCAAAAUUAUUUUGAAGUAUUUUGCUGUGAAGAACAAUUGUCCCACUGCAGGAGCAGAUUAAUGCUUCUCAUGAAUGUGGUAGGAGGCAGAUACUAGGAGGCCUUGCUUGGAGCAGUUCUUUGCACAGGUUCAUGCUGAGGAGAGUAAAGUACUAUAAAAUUUCUUUUUAGAUGCCAUUUUUAUCUGGAGGGAAGAAACUGCCACAGAAGACUGCAUGUACUUAAAAUUAUUCAGAAAAGCAUACUGGGGUGGAUAUAACACACAUUGUGAAGUCUGUGUUAGCACUCAAAUAAGACAACAAACCAAAAGCCUCUAUAAAAGUAAUAGUGCAAUUAUUCACUCACUGAAGAAUUCCAGGUUGUACUACAUCCUACCAUAAAGUGCUAUUAUUUCUCAAUGCUUUAUUUCAAUUUGGGGUGGGAAAU